AUGGAUGGUCAAUCCUGUGAUCUUGGGAGCGUGCCGGCAGUGGCAUCUGAUGGUGCGGGUGCCUCUUCUGCUGUCGCCGGCGGCACGGACAUUUCUCCAGGGAAGCAGUCUGCCCUGGAUAGAGCUUCUGGACAGGGGGAGAAUGCAGAUUGUUCAGUGGAGGCUGGAAUGUGUGCAGGUUUCUCCAAGCCGGCCGGCUUGGGGUUAAAGAAGGACCUCCAGAAGUGCGCAACGUUUCCGUCAUCGUCAUCUGCCGCUGAGGCCGAACCGGAGGACUCAUGCUGUGACGCCGAUGAUGACGCGCCGAAGGACGCGCACACUUACCAGCGCUCUGUGUCCUUGCCUCCAACUGUGAAGCUCAUCCCUGCUAUCAAAGGAAGCCGCCAAAAGAAUGGGAUUCCUUUACCAGCAGAGGAUCGCCACAUCAAAUGGGCGGCCGACGUGUAUGACCCCCCUGUUUCAUCCGUUUCUCAUUCUGUGAACAACAGUUACCAGCGGCGGCCAAAGCCUCGUAAGAAGGACAAGACCAAACAGAAAGAGAAGCGGAAGGCCAGGAACAAGAAAAAAACCAACAACGCUGCCCAAAAUCAAGCUGUGCUCCAGACUCCUGCCAGACUGGAAGACCUUGGCACCCCCAUUGGUAGCGAGGCCCAAGCCGAUCCUGGCAAGCUUGAGACCGAGAUGUUGGACUAUGGCAUCAGCAGCCAAGAGGCCAAAUGCGGAACCAGCUUCCUGCUCGAGUCGGCUGCUAAAAUGCAUUUCUCCACCGCCGAGGCCUCCUGA